UUGGCAAUCGUGUAGAGGUAUUCGAAGCGACGAACGCUCCGAGCGAUUGGCUCCGAAGUAUUUUCAUCUCAACAUUAAGAUGGAAAAGAACGAGUACUUUCGCAGUGUCAAUGGAGUGAACAGGAUGGCGAAUAUAUUGUCCGGAAAUCACUUUCCGCUGAGUGACAAGGGAUCCGAUUCAAACCUCGUUUCACGAGUGUGGGUGCUUGUCGCCCGGUUUAUAAGAAUAACUUAUUUGAUAACGACGUUAUCCGGCACGUUCUACUUCGCGGACAUAACGGCUGGGGAAGCGUUCAAAAGAUUGGGUGCUGUAGCCGCAUUAUUUUUCGAAUCGUCGACAAUAGCGAUUUAUCUGCAUUUUUGUGGAAAAGAUUUGGGUGAUUUGGCGCGCAAAUGUAAUGACACUUUCGCCGGGUCCGAUGAACUGAAGAAAGUGGUUCGCGAAACUAUCGCACCUUACAAGAAAGGAGUUAGAUUCAACAUGAUCGUGUGCAUAAUGACCGCUUCCGUGUGGUCAGCAGGAUCCUAUCUCUUGGUUUUCUUCAAGCACGAAUUUACAUACGCCGAUUUUGCUGUCCCAGCUUAUUUUCCCGGCGAACCCUUCACCGUAAAUGUUUUUCUCGCUGGUGUGACGUUACAGGUUCUUGGGUUAUCUUUAACUGCCUUCGCGAAAAACAGCACCGAUGCCUACGUCACUCACUUCAUCGCAGUCUUGUCCGCUGAAUAUAAAUACGUGCGAAGGGAAAUGUCGAACGCACUGCGACAGGAAGAUGACGACGAAACAGCGGUCGUCGAGGCGCUCCAAAUUUGCGUCCGACAUCACUGUGCCACCAUUGAAAUCGCUCAGAAGCUUUGUGAUCUAAUGGCCAUUCAUAUCGGCAUAACGUAUUUUUCAUGCAUUGUGAAAUUUUGUUUCUUAGGAUUCUCGAUUAUAAGAUUCGAGAGCGCUCCGAUAGAAAAAAUCACGUUCGUUGUGUACACUGGAUCCUGUGUCCUUCAAGUAUUCCUCGUCUGCUCCUGCAUUCAAGAGCUUCUCGACGUGAGCACGUCCGUGACACAAGACGCAUUUCAUGAAAAUUGGCACGGGCGCAGUACUGCCGUGAAGAAUAUAUUUUACACGAUAGAAAUGAGCAAUACGAUGGAAUGCCGAUUGAGCUGUUAUCGAGUCGUCGAUCUCGUCGUGCCGUCAUUGGCACAGAUACUCAGCAAAGCUUACUCGGCUUGUCUACUCUUUCUCGAAGUCAACUGAGUCCACUUUCCUAUUUGUAACUAGUGCGAAUUAGUUGUACGUUAGAAACAAACGACAUAAACAUUCGUUCGGUUGACCGAUUGCUUGCGCUACUUUUCAUUUAAACCAAAAACCUCUCCCCGCGCCAACAUUCCAUGGUCGCCGACACCGUAACAGCCGCGAGAAGGAAUUCCCUCGAAAUCGACCUCUCGGUUGAACGAGAAAAUGAGAAAACUCGAAGUAACUCGUGAUUUCUGAAACGUCGCCGAUGCAGCAGCAUUGACAAAGCCACGAAUUUCUCGUUUCCUUCGAAAAUCACUUUUUCAAGUAACUUCAAUCGUUCGAUCGACCAGUUUCUUCACACCCUGUAUAAUGCACAUAGGCCUCUCAAACCACUCCGUUACAUUAGUGAAUCAGGUUGGCCGUUGCUCAGACUCCGUCAGACGUAAGAUAUACUAGUCCCUUGUGCAGACACAACGGGUCUGACCUACUGGUAAAUGCUGGUCAGGCAUUGACAGUGGAGCGAUCGAGGAAUGGUCAGACCUCAGCUCCGAGUGGUAAUACUACUGCGUGUAUAUUCAGCCAGAGCCCAGCACACUCGGCGGGCUUAGCAAGGAGUUACAUCCUGUUAACAUCGGACGUAAGCAAGGGAACUUCUCGGUUCAGUGGAGCGUGAGGUCUCCUGCAGAUAAACAUAUCGGAAAUAAUGUAUGGACCUCUGGCAUCAUGAAUUUCAGACUGUCAUCCUGUUCUAAAGACAUUUUUUUCAAUCACUCAAUUUCUUACGGCGGGAAAAUACUUUUUCGGUACUGAAAAUCGUACUUUUUGGAAUCAACGACUUCGGCAGCGUUCUCCGAGCGGCUACAAAUUGGUUAUGCACUUUAGCUUUUAUUUUUUAUUUCUUUUAUCGAAGUGGCAACUGUGGGGAGCGAUACUGCUGAAAAUGCGACGGAGAAAAGUCUGGAUUCGUGUCUAAAAUUCGUUUGACAAUUCCUUUCGGUUCUUAUCAAUAAAUAUUGAAAGUGUGCAAUUCGAGCAUGUUUUUAUUUUGGGAACUACUGAUACGUUGCAUUUUAUUUCAUUACUUUUAUACGGAAAUUUGAAAUAUGAUUGACCCGCAGUAUAAUUGCGCCGGAAAAGUGAAAUUUUUUUAUGCCAACAUCGUGUUGUGCCCGUAAGGGCUCUCAGCGUGAAUUCAUCGAUGACGAAAUAUCGACCGAACGAGCGCAUCGACCCUCGAUCUCAGCAUCGAAACUUCUAAGGAAAUUUAGGCUGUAUUCACAUGAGAAGGUGAAAACUCCUGAACCUAUGAAAUCAUGAAUUAACUGAAAAUCGCCAGUC